UUAUAUACAUUGUGUUUGAACAAAUGUGUGUGGAGGAGCCCUAAACCUAAGCUAUGAGCUAUGGCAGAUGAAGCGAGCUGGGAUUCGCGGCGUGGCAGCCGCGGCCGAGCUUCUUCCAAUCGAUCGGCAAGCUCGUCACAGCGCGCGGCAGCGCCGGAUGGUAGGGAUUUCAUCGGCAGUAUAAGGCGGAGGCAGCAGCAAGCGAGGGGUUUGUCGCGGAAAUGGGGGUCGAUCAAUCGCUACAUUCUCCAGGCGCGGCAGUGGGCCGAGCAGGAGCCGACGCUGCUGGCGCUCCAGGCCGCGCUGUUGAGAUUCGUCGACAAGCUGGUGCCAGUCAUGGCGACAAUUCGAUCGAGGGCCGGGAAGGUCGUCGAGCGGUGGUGGCCGGGAGUGGAGAGAUGGGGCAUAUUCGCUGGCAGGUUUUUCCUGAUUCUUCUCGUCGCUACGCUUGACUGUUCGCUGCGAGGGAUCAAAUCGGUCUUGCGAUUGAGCUCCGCGGCCUUGUGCCUCAUUUUUUGGUGCUCCAUUCUCAACCUCGCGGUGCUCGCAGGAUUCCUCUCCAUCGCCAUUGCCACUGUGGUCACGAUAGUCACAUCGUUUUUCCUUGGAUUAACUCCAGGUUUCAUCGUCCUGAGCUUGUAUGGAGCUUCUGUUUCGUGGAUGUAUGGGAGCUUCUGGACGACGUUCGCAGUCGUCUUAAUUGCAGGCACUCUCUACCUUUUCCAGCAACCUGCCGCUUGGAUCAUCCUCUUGCUCUACGCGGUUUACUCGUGCAAGGUUCAUGGAGGGUGGCUUGGACUAUUCCUCUGCUGUGGCCUGUCCUUCGUGUCCAGUGACGUGAUUGUUUACUUGGUCGCCACUGUCGAGCAGAGAAGACAAAGUGAAAAGGUACACGAUCGGUUUAGUAAAGGCAAGGCAGCUCCCAAGUCCAGUUCUCAAACUCAAAGAUUUAGCAGUGCUGCUGAAGACGAGAAUUCGCCUUCCGUGAGUGGUGCUCCUGAUGUCGACCAGACGGUGGCAGAGGAAGAGGUUGCACGAAUUCUGGGGUCCGGGGAUCACUAUGCAGUUCUUGGCUUCCAACGGUUUGAAGUUUGCGAAGAGACCGCUCUCAAAAGAGAGUACAGGAAAAAGGUUUGAUCUUCUUUUCUGUUU